UGCUCCCAAACAACCUGGAAUGAACCAACCGAUCUGCUUCACGGCAUCAUGGCUCCUCCAGAUGAGCAAUAUUUGCAUACCGGCUUAAGUCACGAUCCUCAAGUCGGCCUCUCCCUGGAUCCCACAUUCGAUCUGGACUUCGGAGCUGCUGGAUCAAACUCCCAUAUGACAGUGCCAGAUUGGCCAAGCACGUUCGCUCCGUCGGCAGCAUCGCACGACUUUUAUCACCCAAUCUAUCAUUCAUCGCGUCUCGCCGCCGCUCAAGAUGCGUGGAACCCGCUGCAGGUCACUGGUGUUCCCAGUCAAUCGACCAUGUCGCACAUGUGCAUGGCUGAUGGAGAUCAUGAAGCUGGCUUCAAGAAGGGCCAUUAUAGAACUCCGUCGGAGACGGGGAGCAAGUGUCUCGGCAGCCUCUACUCAGGCGACUCCGGCUAUGGCGGGACAAGCUGUGAUACGGGGUCGGUGGUUCCAUCACCCUACGGUAUCGAUUCACUGUCAAGCCCGAUGGCGGGCUCCCAUGAGCAGACCGUGGGAGAAUCCAUAGCCAUGUUCAACCGGGCCUUCAUGGACUCCGCGGCUUUGUUGGAGGAUAUGACAAGCUCGCUGGUCGAGUCCGUCAAGUGCGAUCAUCCGACAUGCACAUGGGUGGGUAAAUGCCCAUCGGACAAGAGGAAGCAUGAGGCCCGCCAUCGCAAGCUAUUCAAGUGCGAUGAGCCUCAUUGCCCACGCAAAGAGGGCUUUGGUACAAUCAAUGAUCUUGCCCGGCACAAAAAGUGCGUUCAUAAUAAAGAGCCCGAGCGUGGGCCCAAGAUGAUGUAUCUUUGCUUCGGCAUGAAUUGUCCUCGCCCCAACAAAUUGUGGCCGCGGCAGGAUAAUUUCAAGCAACACCUAAGUCGCAUGCAUCAUGGCGAAGAUGCAGAUGCACUACUGAAGAAAUCAAUGGAGUGGUAUGAAAGUUCCGGGCAAUUGGCCCAUGGUCAUGAAGACGCAGCUUCGGAAGACUCUUCCAACGAGACCCAGCAGGAUCUGGUUCACAGUAAUGCAGCAGAAGUCCUAUCAGUGUCUUGUACCGACAGCUCCCUAGAAGACGUGGAUGCCAUUCCUUCAAAUCUCGCGACACCCCGGCCUAUGUCCAAUUGCCCUACUCUGGCACAGUCCGGACACUCCCACUUGGAUUCAUUUCCUUCUUUUACCAUUGACGAUCACUCAAUCACUGCAGGCCAGGAGCCUACCAAAUCCGCCACAUCUAUCACACACGCAGCAGAUAACCUUAUCAACGCCAUGACAAAAAUGAUGAACAACCGGGCUCGACGAUCUAGUCAGUACAGCGACGAAGGCAUCGAAAUUGAGUCUGGAAGCACCAAUCUUUCCCCUCCUGAACGCCAGAUGUUACAAAAGAUCCUCUCUACGGCCCUCGAACGUCUGUCAGAUGAGCAGAUCCCAUCCUCUGCCGAUGCUGGACUCGACAACGACAAGCAAGACUGGUUCCGAUGUGACGUUUGUCCUAAGCGCACGCGACUUCGUUGUGAAAUGAAAAAACACCAGAAACGUCACGAACGUCCCUACGGCUGCACAUUUCCCCAAUGUGCCAAAUCCUUCGGUAGCAAAGCCGACUGGAAGCGGCACGAGACAUCCCAGCAUCUCAGCAUCCCCAGCUGGCUCUGCACGCUUCACGACCCCGCAAAGAACAGCGCGUGUGAUCACAUCUUCUACCGUGAAGAAAUGUUCGCACAACACCUCCACCAAACACACCGCAUUUCAAAGACCAAAACCACAUCAGCUGUUCAUUCUGCCCGUCUUGACGUGGCGCAGCAAUCCCAAUUCUGGUGUGGGUUUUGCGCUCAUUUCGUUCCGCUGCGGACUUCGGGGAGUUUGGCGCUAGAUGAGAGAUUCAAUCACAUCGACACUGAGCAUUUCAAGAAGGGGGUUAGAGGGAUGGAGUGGCAAUUUCCAUCAGCGAGUGUCACGGGUGGGCAUGGUCUUGCUGCGGGAGGUUACCAGAGUGUAACGGCUUUGGAGAGAGGCAGUCGCAAGCGAAAGCUCGCGGGUUGA